AUUGUCGCUUGCUGAUGAUGUAAUUUUCAGGCCCGUAUAGGAGUUUAGAGUCACUGUUAGGAUGGCUGUAUUAUUAGAAACCACGUUAGGAGAUAUUGUUUUUGAUUUAUAUACAGAGGAAAGACCGAGGGCUUCCUUGAACUUCCUUAAGUUGUGUAAAAUCAAAUUUUACAACUACUGUCUCAUUCACAAUGUUCAGAGAGAUUUUAUCAUCCAGACUGGUGACCCCACAGGCACUGGCCGGGGAGGUGAAUCUGUUUUCAGUAAAUUGUAUGGUGAUCAAGCUAGGUUUUUUGAAGCAGAGAAAGUGCCCAGGAUCAAGCACAAGAAAAAGGGGACAGUGUCUAUGGUGAAUAAUGGCAACGACCAACAUGGCUCUCAGUUCCUUAUUACUACAGGGGAAACCCUGGAUUAUCUUGAUGGGGUUCACACGGUGUUUGGGGAGGUAACUGAAGGCAUGGAUGUCCUGAUGAAGAUCAAUGAGGCCUUUGUAGACAAGGAUUUUCUCCCUUUCCAGGAUAUCAGAAUAAACCACACGGUGAUCCUGGACGAUCCCUUUGACGAUCCACAUGGCCUUCCAAUACCUGAUCGCUCUCCUGAACCAACAAAGGAACAGCUAGAUAGUGGACGUAUAGGAGCUGAUGAAGACAUUGAUGACGCCAAAGGAAAGAGUUUGGAGGAAGUGGAUGAAGUGAUCAAAGAGAAAGAAGCAAAAACACAGGCCAUACUUUUGGAGAUGGUAGGUGACCUGCCUGACGCAGAUAUUAAACCCCCUGAAAAUGUCCUGUUUGUUUGCAAACUGAAUCCAGUCACCACUGAUGAAGAUUUGGAGAUCAUAUUCUCUCGAUUUGGACUCAUCAAAAGUUGUGAAAUCAUUCGAGACUCGAAAACCAAAGAGUCCCUGUGCUACGCUUUCAUUGAGUUUGAAAAGGAAGAAGACUGUGAAAAGGCUUACUUUAAGAUGGACAAUGUGCUCAUCGAUGACCGGAGAAUACAUGUGGAUUUUAGCCAGUCUGUUGCUAAGAUUAAAUGGAAAGGAAAAGGUGGAAAGUAUACUAAGGAUGACUUCAAAGCCUAUGAGAAGGACCUGGAUAAACGUUCCAAAUUGGCUCUAAAAGACAAAAUAAAACCCAAACAAGACUCCAAAUAUGAUCUUCUUCUGGAGGAAGGGACGGAGGAAGCUGGGGGAAGCCAGUGGCAUUCUGGGAAAAAGCACAAAGAGAAGAAGCACCACUAUUCUGAUGAUGAGGAUGAAAGGAAGUCAAAGAAGUCCAAGCACCGCCGAGACAGCCUGGAGGAUCAGUACAGAGACCAGGCGAGGAGUGAGAGGAAGGCUGAGCGACGCCGCAGUCAUAGCAGGAGUCGCUCCCGGGAGAGAGACAGCCACAAAGCUAGCAAGUCAAAGGGGGACCGGGACCGUGAGAGGAGGGACAGGAGCCGGAGUCCAAGGAAAUUCAAAGACAAGGAACGCAGCCGGCACAGAUGAGGAGAACCCCCACUCACAGAUUCAUCCAGGAACCCUUGCCCCCUGUUUUUUUUUUUUUUUUUUUUUU